UCCAGAUGAGAAUUGAUUCCAGCACUGGAAGUAAGUGGUUAUGAGUCUUGUGACUGGUCUUUCUCCAGCCAAUUCGAUGGAAAACAAUCAUUCGCUUUCUAUCUUUCACAGUCAGGUUGCUUUUAUAUAAGUGGGUUUCUUUGCUCUGGGUGUUCGGAUACGGCUUGGAGGAAAAACCCCAGCAAGUUCCACGAUUGAUGGAAAUCUCUGCUAGCUUGUGGAGUUGGAGGUGAUGCUUCAGUAGUGGCUGGUGGUGUAUUUUCCUUGAUUAACAGAAUUUUGCAGAAAUGCCAUUAGAAGUAUGACGAACAUGAGGUUUGACAUCCUUGGUGGAUUCUACCCACCAUAAACAUGUCUGAGAAGAUCAGUGGUCUCUUCCGUUCAUUUAGUGGACACAUAUUUGUUUUGGAAUAACCCAAAAUAAUACCCACAGCAUCUUUGACACUGGAAUCCGGAUAUGUACCUGUUUUUAGUGCGUUGAGUAGAUGGAAUCCAACAUGAGUGGCAUGGGCUAUGAUCACUCAGCCUCCCUGGGCAACAAAAUGAAGAAGCAAGAGAACCAUAAAAGUUAUACUAGAGAUUUACUACCUGGGAGUGAUCUUUGGACAGAUGGACUUAUUUGCGCUUUUGAAUUUGUUAGAGGCCAAAGGAAGACAAUUAGGUUAAAAUCUGUCCCAAAGAUCCAAUCAGCAGAAAAAAUAGAUGGGGAAGAUCCAGAAAGGCCUUUGUCACCUAGAUGUGCAUUUACUGAAGCACAAAAUGUAAACAGGAACAACUCACUAGACUCUGGUUCCAUUUCCGGAUUUGGAGCUAGUGGUAGCAUUCCUUUGGAUGAUCCCAAAGUUUGCCAGGAUAACCAUUCAGGCCAUUUUCCUACCAUGGAAAAAAUUGUAGGAAGUCACUGGAUACCAAUUGGAUGGGCCAGGAUUUCUCAGCUUGUCCAAACAGUGCAAAUUGAUGCAGGCUGGGCCUCACAGCAGAUUGAGUUCCCAGAGGACAAGGAUGAUCUCACUGUUGCAGAUUUAGCAGCUCCUUACUGGGAACGGCCAGCAGGGCCCACAUGGUGGUGUCAUGUGACAGCAGGUCACCCAGCCAUUGAUGCAUGGCUGCGUAAUGCUCAGUGGUUACAUCCUGCCAUCAGUAUUGCUUUGAGAGACGAAAGUCAGCUGAUUAGUGACAGAAUGAAGCACCUUCUGUAUGAGAUCCCAGUUAGGGUUGCAGGUGGUCUAUUGUUUGAGCUAUUAGGGCACUCGGUAGGUGAUCCAUAUGUUGAUGACAUCCCCAUUGUUCUUCGAUCUUGGCAAGCACAGAACUUUUUAAUAACUGCAUUGCAUGUAAAAGGAUCUGCAUCAAACAUAAACGUGUUGGGUAUCACUGAAAUUCAGGAGCUUCUUUCUGCUGGUGGUACUAACACGCCAAGAACAAUUCAUGAAGUCAUUGCAUAUCUAGCUAGUCGCCUUUCUCGAUGGGAUGAUAGGUUAUUCCGUAAGUUGAUAUUUGGAGCAUCAGAUGAAGUUGAGUUGAAGUUUAUGGACAAGAGGAACCAUGAAGAUAUGAAUCUAUUCAGCGUAAUUAUGAACCAAGAAAUCAGAAGGUUAUCAAGACAGGUAAUUAGGGUUAAAUGGUCACUUCAUGCAAGGGAAGAAAUUGUGUAUGAACUACUCCAACAUUUGAAGGGGAAUGCAACAAGAAGUUUGUUGGAGGGAAUAAAAAAGAGUACAAGGGAAAUGAUUGAGGAGCAAGAAGCAGUUCGUGGCCGUUUGUUUACUAUUCAAGAUGUCAUGCAGGGCAAUGUGCGGGCGUGGUUGCAGGAUAGAAGCCUCCGUGUAACACAUAAUUUGGCUGUUUUUGGUGGUUGUGGUCUUGUUCUAUCCAUCAUUACCGGGCUGUUUGGGAUCAAUGUAGAUGGGAUUCCUGGAGCUGAGCAUACACCAUACGCAUUUGCUUUGUUCUCUGGUUUACUUGUCCUGGUAGGAAUUCUCCUAAUUUCAGCUGCAAUACUCUACCUUGGAUUGAAAGAGCCCAUUGCAGAAGAAAAGGUUGAAGUGAGGAAGUUGGAGCUCCAAGAGCUUGUUAAGAUGUUUCAGCAUGAGGCGGAGACUCAUGCACAAGUCCGGGAAAAUGUUCCUAGAAACAGUUUACCCUCGAAGGCUGGAGAUUUUCUUACAGAUGGUGCAGAUUACGUUAUCAUCAGCUGAGCACAGCAUACUCAAUGUAUAUUAAUGCCAUUUAACACCAACAUCUUGAUAUAAUAUUUUAGAUGAAAAACAAGGUUCUGUCUCAAUGACAACCAUUUCUCAUAUUUGACAGCCAAAAUGUAGGAAAUCCAUUUCUUGGAUUAGCCAUUUGUUAUUUUAUCUUCUUAUUGGAGUUUUUGCAAUAAUCAUCCAUUGUAAAUUAAUCAUUUUUCUAUGUUACGUUGAUAUCCAUCAUUCUAUAAUAACAAAAGACUUGAUUGUAGCA